AUGGCAUCGUCAAGAAGAGUAUGUGUGAAUGAUUCAAAUAAUUUUUGUUUCAUUUGCCGUUUAAAUGUGACAACGUUCGUAAAUGAGGCUUACAAAAAUUACAUUGGACACCCAUUAGAAAUGAAGAAUAAGCCUUGGAUUUCGCAAAAGGUAUGUAAAACAUGCGUUGAGUUCCUACGUUUAUGGAUUAAUAAGAAAAGACAUAGCUUCAGAUACAAAACCGCUAUGAUUUGGAAUGAAUCCAUGAACCACUUUGACGAUUGUUAUUUUUGUUUGGAGAACAUAACUGGUAUUAACCGAAAAAAUCGAGCCAAAUGGGAAUAUUCUUCCAUACAAUCGGCACAUAGACGUGUCCUGGGCCCUAAUUCUACACCUGAACCUCAAUCUGAGCCAAAAGAUUUUGAGACGAAGAACGACAUUAGUGAUAAUGACUUUAAAUGCGACCUGGAAACGGCAAAACCAUUUAAUCAAGAUGAUUUAAACGACUUAAUUAGAGAUAUGGGACUGUCAAAGUCAGUUUCAGAAAUUUUGGCUUCAAGGCUAAAAGAAAAAAAAUUGGUAACGAAAGAAACUAAAAUUUCUUAUUGCCGCACAAGAGAACAGAGUUUCCUCAAAUAUUUUUCUGAAGAAGAUAAUUUUGUAUUUUGUAAAUAUGUAACUGGAUUGAUGGCUGCAAUCGGAUCACAAAAUUAUGAGUGA